AUGAAUAUGACAGCUACUCAAGGGUCCGGCAAUCUAUGGCAUAAAUUUAGGAGUUCUACGAAGUCCUUGUCAUCUUCGCUUUCCAAUCUGUCAAUAAAAGGCGAGACAGACGGUGAUACCGUCACAUCUACAGUGUUACACAAAGCAAUGGUAAAGUUUUAUAAGAAUCAAGAGCCAUUUACAGGAUUCCCGGGUUGGCUGGGCCAUAAGGAAGAGCUUCCUGACGAGCAGAAGAUACUUAAAAAGCAGAGCCAUACAAGCUCCAAUCGUAUUUCUAGUGGAUUCAGCCACAUUAGGAAAGCUUCUUCCGAUAACAAGAAAUCACACACUAGGAAUCCCUCCUUCAGCAAUCAGCCAGAACACACCAGUGCAGGAAUGGCUUUCCAUAAAAUAUAUCAUACAGAUACUCCCAGUUCUAUUCCUUCUUCUCAAUUAGAAUCGCAUUCACAACCCCUUCUGAAUGGUGAGAGUAUGAAGAUAAACUCGGCUCCAGUAACAAGUAAUAACAGCACCAUGAUGAUGCGCGAAAGAUUGAAGAGACAAAAUACAAAGAGCUCAUUGAAGCCCUAG